UCUGGCCAGAGGCUUGACUGUGGCGGCUCUUUCGUAAAUGCCGUGGCUGCUGGGUCUCAGGUAUUGGAAAUUAGCAGCUCUUCUAGCUAUUUAAUUAUUUUAAUAUAAGAGUGUCACUUGACUAAAAUGUUUCUGAUGCCAACCUCUUCAGAGUUAAACUGUGGACAGAACUUAACCCAGUGGCUGACCAGUCCGUCUCGAGCUGGGGUCAUUUUAAAUCGUGGAUUUCCUAUUUUGGAAGCAGAUGAAGAGAAACAAGCAGCUGUGAACAUUUCUACAAGCUUUUCUAAUAAAGCCACACACUUUUCAAAUAACUUAAGCCUUGUAAAUGAAGAAGAUUCACUUUGUGAAGAACACCAGUUGGAGUGUAAUAGCCCUUACAAACUACAGUCAGAUAAAUCUGAAACACAUACAGUCUUUCCUUUGGCUAGAAAGGGAUCACAAGUAGUGGCAUGUCAGGAUGCUCCUGAACACUGGGAAGAUUACAAAAAUGACUUUAACUCAGAUCUUGGGAGUGAAUUCACAGAAGUGGCAUGUAAGGAUCCACUUUUUAUAAAACUUGAACAGCUGAAAGAAGUACAGCAAAAGAAGCAGGAACAACUGAAGAGGCAACAGUUAGAGCAACUACAAAGACUCAUGGAAGAACAAGAGAAGCUGCUUACAAUGGUGUCUGGGCAGCACACAUUACCAGGAGAAGGUAUCUUGCCAUGUUGGGAGACAACAGUGGAACAGAUUCAUGAAGAGAAUGAUGUGAACUUAACAAAACCUGAUGGUUCUUCAGAAGUGGUUAAUAUUGAAGAAAGGCCUAUUAAAGCUGCUAUUAAAGAAAGGAAACAGACUUUUGAAGAAUUCUUAGAAGAACAAAUUCGGCUAGAAGAACAAGAAUUACAACAAAAACAGAUAAGGGAAGCAGAAGGAUCAUUGCUAAUCAAAGCAAAACCCAAACAACCAUUCUUGAAACGAGGAGAAGGUUUAGCUAGAUUUACUAAUGCUAAAUCUAAAUUUCAAAAAGGGAGAGAAGGUACACUAGCAAAAAACCUGAACAUUUCAGAGGAUCAGCCUAUGCUUAAAACAGAUAGGCAGCAAUUCCAGCGGAAAACUGCUCUUAUAAAUAAAGAGAACCCUCCCACUAAAAAGAACAAUAACAUUAGAACUAAGAGUGGCUCUGUCCCACUCAAUCAGAAGCCAAAAGUACUUAAGAGUAACAUUAGGAAAAACCUCUCUUCAUCAGGAUUAAAUAUAUCGAUGAUAAAGAAAUGUGAUGGGAAGUUCAGAGACCAGAACAAGUUAGGGGAAAAAACCGAAUCCAAUAAUAAAGAAAACGUAGCUGAGUAUAUAAAACUUUGUGAUGUUGGUUGCAAAGUCUGGAAUAAAACAAACACUAAGGACAAACUUCCUUAUUCAGCAGGACUGGUCAACUGCAUGGCUUCUAAUAGCCAGAUAAGUGAGAAUGUGAAAGAGUCAGAAUCGUCUAUUAACAUUUCUCUCCAUAAUAAGUUAGAGAAUUGGGAACGAGAAAAAGAAAAAGAGAAUUUGGAAUUAGAUGAAUUUUUGUUUCUAGAACAAGCUGCUGAUGAAAUUUCAUUUUCCAGUAAUUCCUCUUUUGUACUGAAGAUUUUAGAGAGGGACCAACAAAUUUGCAAAGGGCACCGGCUUUCUUCUACCCCUGUCAAAACUGUGCAGCAGGAGAACACAAUACCAGUGGAUCCCACUAAUCAGUGUAAUCAAAAUGAGCAUCCGGACCACACUGAAUGUGAAAAUAAGAGUGAGUGUGAGAUCACACGUAAACAACUUGAUUUGUUAUCCUCACCUGAUGGAUUGAGGGAACAGUCUUUUAAACUCAGUAGGAAAGCGUUCCAAAUGGCUACUUCUGAGAAUCAAACUAGAUGGAAUGUAAAUGAGGAUGAAGGUAAUAUGAACAGUGACAGUAGCACUAACUCUGAGGAACAACUUGAUGUUACCAUAAAACCAUCAACUGAGGAUAAAGAAAGAGCUUUCAGUAGCAGAGCAGAUGGUCCAGAAGUCUGUGAUGGUAAGGGACCUUUUAGGGACAUUGGGAUUCAAGAAGAUAAAAGAGAUACUGAUUUAGAUUUUUCUGAUAAAGAUUAUAGUAGUGAUGAAUCUCUCAUAUCAGAAGGCUUGAAAAAUAAAAUUUCUGAGUCCUCAUUUCAAAGUAUAAGUAAAAUUGACUUUGAUGAUGAAAGAACUUGGACUGACCUUGAAGAAAAUUCACUUAAGUAUGAUAAUUUUGGGGAUGAAACCAGUUAUGGAACUUCACAGACAAUCUUCCCUAAGAAGGGUGAAAUGGACAUACUAGACAAAACAAUAAAAAGGAAGGUUGCAUCAGUCAAGAAGGGAGAAGACUUGAGCAAAUCCAGUAGGAGCACAAGCCCUCCUACAUCAGAUCUGAUGAUGAAAUUCUUCCCUUCUUUGAAACCUAAAGCAAAAUCAGAAUCACACCUGGGAAAUGAACCUAAGUUAAACAUAAGUCAAGAGCAACUCCCUGGUGACAAUGCUCGAUCUCAAGUUUUGAGAGACAAAGUUACUGAAUUGGAAACAGAAAUAGAAAAAUUUAAAGCUGAGAAUACAUCUCUAGCUAAACUUCGCAUUGAAAGAGAAAAUUCCUUGGAAAAACUCAGGAAAGAAAUUGCAGACUUUGAACAACAGAAAGCAAAAGAAUUGUCUCGAAUAGAAGAGUUUAAAAAGGAGGAAAUGAGGAAGCUUCAAAAGGAACGUAGAGUCUUUGAAAAGUAUAGUUCUGUUGUAAGAGCUUUUCCAGAUAAAAAGGAACGUGAAGAAAUACAGGCUUUGAAACAACAGAUAACAGAUUUACAGGAAGAUUUGAAGAGAAAGGAAGCAAAAUGGUCAAGUACACACGGCCGACUUAGAAGUCAGAUAGAAAUGUUGGUCAAAGAGAACACAGACCUUCGAGAAGAAAUUAAAGUGAUGGAGAGAUUCCGACUAGAUGCCUGGAAGAGAGCAGAAGCUACUGAGAGCAACACCAAGUUGGGUCAAUGUUUGACUGCCGUGAAAAAAGAUGGGUCCAUGAAUUCAUCAGUUCGAUUUCAAAAGAGUCAAGUUUCAUCAGGAGCCCAGGCAGAAAAGUACAAGAAAAAUUAUUUGCCAGCUAAAGGCAAUCCAUCUCGAAGAUCCAAGUCUGUGCCUUGUCAUGAUUUAGGCAAAUUGGAUAAGGGACAAACAGCUUCACCCAGGGAACCUCCUGAACCAGUAGAUUUUCCAAAUCAUGAAUAUAAAGAGGAGGAUGAAAAAGAGGAAAAUGAAGAAGAAAUUCAAGGAGAAAUCAGUCAUCCUGAUGGGAAGAUAGAAAAGGUCUACAGAAAUGGGUGUCAUGUUAUAUUGUUCCCCAAUGGAACCCGGAAGGAAGUGAGUGCAGAUGGGAGGACUGUCACCGUCACUUUCUUUAAUGGUGAUAUGAAGCAGGUCAUGCCAGAUGAACGAGUGAUAUACUACUACGCGGCUGCACAGACUACUCACACAACCUACCCAGAAGGACUGGAAGUCCUACAUUUCUCAAGUGGACAAAUAGAAAAACAUUUCCCAGACGGAAGGAAAGAAAUCACAUUUCCUGACCAGACUAUCAAAAACUUAUUUGCAGAUGGACAAGAAGAAAGUAUUUUCCCAGAUGGUACAGUUGUCAGAGUACAAAGAGAUGGCAACAAAAUCAUAGAGUUUAAUAAUGGCCAGAGAGAACUACAUACUUCCCAGUUCAAGAGACGGGAAUAUCCAGAUGGUACUGUUAAAACUGUAUAUAUGAAUGGUCAUCAAGAAACAAAAUACACAUCUGGUCGAGUAAGAGUUAAAGACAAGGAUGGUAAUGUUUUAAUGGAUACAAAAUUAUAAUGAUCCUUGUGAGUAAUCAUGAAAUAACACUAACUUGAUUUUCUUAUACAUUCAUGUGGGUUCUGUGAAUUUAUACUCCGUGUGUUUGUACAUGUGGAAGAUUAUGU